ACACAUCAGUUUCGGUUUAUAGCAAAAAAAAAACUAACAACAUAAAGAAAAUUUUCACGAAAUUUUGGUAUUUUUUCCCACUAGUAAAAUAAUUUCUAGACAUUUAUAAAUCUAUUUUCAGUUUUUAAAUCAUAGAAAAUCACAGGAACAUGGUAAAACAGUGAAAAAUUCACCGGAGUCGUAUCUAAGCAUGCUGGAUCCAGCAAAAAUCGCCAACAUGCCAUUUGAGCUAGAUAUUAUUAUUAAUAGAUAACUGCAGAUGACAGAAGAGUCAAGAAAAUUAAAUGAAACUCGUUUGGGGGCCAAAUAGCCAAGUUCAAGAGAACAGGGGCCAAAAACUAAGCACAACUUUUUUUAGGUUCAAGAAAAUAAUUCUCUGUAUACAAAUUUCUCCUACUGAAAGCUGACGCGUGUUAGUGAGAAUAAACUUCACAACUCGAUGUCUUACAGCUACCACACCAGUUGCAAGAAAGCCCCUUUGGUUGGGCCAUUUUUCAAAGGUAGAAAAUAUCGUUUACCUUUGCCUAGAUCUUCAAAGCACCAUUGAAACAAUAUUAUGACUUCUUUUGGGCACAAUAUAGUAUACUAUAUUAAAGUUCUCUAGUGAAUUUCAACUCAAGUGAAUUUUAAAACGAUAAAAGGGACAAAAUUUAAGGGAUAUAAACUUCAUUUUAUUAUUAUCAAUGCAGAAGGCUAGAAAUUUGUUGAGAACUCCAAGCAGCAUUUUAUUCUACACACCAACAAAAGGUUCAAUUUUUUUUGUGGCUAAUUGGAAUUUAUUUUGAAUGUCGAGAACGUAGCAUUUCUUUGCAAAUAUCACCUAUUGAAUGGCGUUUUCACCCUUUGUUUUGGCGACUGGGUUUUAUUCUUUAAAUUUCCACAGACGGUGAGUAAUUUUGUAACAUCGAUAAAUACAAAAAAUACAUACUUUUUUUUAAAAAAAAAUCACGCCACAGGAGGCUAGUAUUUGGGCUUUAAAGUGGCUUCGGCAGCCCAUCUUUUAGAUUUCGGCCCGUAAAUACACCUCCACUGCUACACGGUCCCCGAGACAGACGGCGCCUUGGUCUGCCGCCGCCGUGAGGCGAAACUCGCUCACCCACCAAUUCGCCGGCGCCCGCUCCGCUCCCCUCCGCCGCCUCGACCACCAAGGCGACGACACGAUGCUGCGGAUCUUCCGCUUCCUCCCCUCCGCCUCCAGGAGAGGUUUUGAUCUAAAAGAACCUCUUUGGAGUGGUUCGUUGACAUUCAUACAAGCUGUCUCAACUUCAGCAGGAAAUCUUGAUGAGAACCUGUCUGGUAAAAAGUUUGCAAGCUAUACUGUGUUCAAGGGAAAGGCUGCACUUUCUAUUCAUCCUAUACUGCCAAGUUUCAGCAAAAUGGAAUCUGGAGGAUCUCGGAUGAACAGAAAUGGAUCAGUAAUGUUGACCUUCUUUCCUGCUGUUGGACAAAGGAAGUAUGACUAUACAAAGAAACAGCUUUUUGCUCUGUCACCUACUGAAGUUGGAAGCUUGAUAAGUCUUGGGCCUGCUGAAUCCUGUGAGUUUUUCCAUGAUCCAUCCAUGAAAUCAAGUCAUGAAGGACAGGUGAAAAAAUCGCUGUCGAUUACUCCCCUUGGCAGUGACAGUGGAUACUUCGUUAAUAUAACCGUUCUGAACAACAUGCAGAAGACUACUGAUCGUCUUUCAGUCCCUAUCACAAAAGCUGAGUUUGCGGUGAUGCGCACAGCACUGAGUUUUGCGUUGCCACACAUCAUGGGCUGGGAUCAGGUGCUGACGCACCAUCCAGCUCCCCCAGCUAGCAGCAAGCCCAGGGUGGAGCGUCCACACCCGGAUUCUGAAUGGGAAAGGUGAACCUCCUUUUAGCAGCUAAUAUGGAGGAUUUUGGGCAUCACUAGAGAAUUGCUGCUGCAAAGUUUGGAACAUUGGUGUGUGAUGACUGUAUCUCCUUCCUGAUCGAUUCAGAACACUGUGUUAGAUUUCUGGAACUUUAGAUUGACGACCAGAUGAAGCACAAUGGACCAUUGUGUUUGUUCAGUCCAUGUGUAACUUCACCAUGCCUACUAAGUGCAUGUUUCUAGUCGAGUGAGCUGGUAGCACUUGCCGGUUCCUGUGAA